UGGGGCCGGGCGCACGUCGAGGGCUUUGGCCGACGCGGCAGAGCACAGCCGCCCCACCGGCUGUGGGCCCAGGAUCCAGGCGUCUGGACACAGGUCGAGCUGUCGGCAGGGCAGAGCCACAGGGCCUACAAAGAUGCUGGCUGUCCCGGAGAUGGGCCUGCAGGGGCUGUACAGCGGCUCCAGCCCAGAGCGGUCUCCAGUGCCCAGCCCACCCGGCUCCCCAAGGACCCAGGAAAGCUGUGGCAUUGCCCCCCUCACACCCUCACAGUCUCCAAAGCCUGAGGCCCGAGCCCCCCAGCAGGCCCCCUUCUCCGUGGUAGUGGCCAUCGACUUCGGCACCACAUCCAGUGGCUAUGCCUUCAGCUUUGCCAGUGACCCUGAGGCCAUCCACAUGAUGAGGAAAUGGGAGGGCGGGGACCCAGGUGUGGCCCACCAGAAGACCCCCACCUGCCUGCUGCUGACCCCAGAGGGUGCCUUUCACAGUUUUGGCUAUACAGCCCGUGAUUACUACCACGAUCUGGACCCUGAGGAGGCUCGUGACUGGCUCUACUUUGAGAAGUUCAAGAUGAAGAUCCACAGUGCCACUGAUCUCACCUUGAAGACCCAGCUAGAAGCGGUAAAUGGAAAGAAAAUGCCUGCCCUGGAGGUGUUCGCCCAUGCCUUGCGCUUCUUCAAGGAGCAUGCCCUUCAGGAGCUGAGGGACCAGUGCCCAUCGCUGCCAGAGAAGGACACUGUGCGCUGGGUGUUGACAGUGCCGGCCAUCUGGAAACAGCCAGCUAAGCAGUUCAUGCGAGAGGCUGCCUACUUGGCCGGACUGGUGUCGAGAGAGGAUGCAGAGCAAUUACUCAUCGCCCUGGAGCCUGAGGCCGCCUCUGUCUACUGCCGCAAGCUGCGUCUGCACCAGCUCGUGGACCUGAGCAGCCGAGCUCCAGGCAGUGGGCGCCUGGGCGAGCGCCGCUCCAUUGAUUCCAGCUUCCGUCAGGCCCGAGAGCAGCUUCGAAGGUCCCGCCACAGCCGCACGUUCCUGGUGGAAUCGGGUGUCGGAGAACUGUGGGCUGAGAUGCAAGCAGGAGACCGCUACGUGGUGGCAGACUGCGGGGGAGGCACGGUGGACCUUACCGUGCACCAGUUGGAACAGCCCCAUGGCACCCUCAAGGAGCUCUACAAGGCGUCUGGUGGCCCCUGUGGCGCGGUGGGCGUGGACCUGGCCUUCGAGCAGCUGCUGGGCCGCAUCUUCGGCGAAGACUUCAUCGCCACCUUCAAAAGGCAACGCCCAGCAGCCUGGGUGGAUCUGACUAUAGCCUUCGAGGCACGCAAACGCACCGCAGGCCCACACCGUGCGGGGGCGCUCAACAUCUCGCUGCCCUUCUCGUUUAUUGACUUCUACCGCAAGCAGCGAGGCCACAACGUGGAAACAGCCCUGCGCAGGAGCAGCGUGAACUUCGUGAAGUGGUCCUCACAGGGGAUGCUCAGGAUGUCUUGUGAGGCCAUGAACGACCUCUUUCAGCCCACGGUCAGCGGGAUCAUCCAGCACAUAGAGGCGCUGCUGGAGCGCCCCGAGGUGCAGGGCGUGAAGCUGCUGUUCCUGGUGGGCGGCUUCGCCGAGUCGGCCGUGCUGCAGCACGCAGUGCAGGCAGCACUGGGCGCCCGCGGCCUCCGCGUGGUGGUUCCGCACGACGUGGGCCUCACCAUCCUAAAGGGCGCGGUGCUCUUCGGGCAGGCUCCGGGCGUGGUUCGGGUGCGCCGCUCGCCGCUCACCUACGGCGUGGGCGUGCUCAACCGCUUCGUGGCUGGGCGCCACCCGCCCGACAAGCUGCUGGUUCGCGACGGCCGCCGCUGGUGCACCGACGUGUUCGAGCGCUUCGUGGCCGCCGAGCAGUCGGUGGCCCUGGGCGAGGAGGUGCUGCGCAGCUACUGCCCGGCGCGCCCAGGCCAGCGCCGCGUGCUCAUCAACCUAUACUGCUGCGCCGCCGAGGACGCGCGCUUCAUCACCGACCCGGGCGUGCGCAAGUGCGGCGCGCUCAGUCUAGAGCUCGAGCCCGCCGAGGGAGGCCCCCAUGCCGCCGCCGCGCCCCCUAGCCGCCGCGAGAUCCGCACUGCCAUGCAGUUUGGCGACACCGAGAUUAAGGUCACUGCCGUCGACGUCAGCACCAAUCGCUCCGUGCGCGCCGCCAUCGACUUUCUUUCCAAUUGAGGGCGCAGUGCCAGCCCCCCCUCGGCCCCGCUGAACUCUUUUGGCCCAGGACCUGGGGAGCGGGCUGAGGCGGACCAACCUGCCCCAUUCCCCGCCAUCCUGCCCCGGGAGGUGAGGUCGCAGGAGGAUGGGUGGGGACCUAUCCAGAAACUCUGGCUUUGGGAUUGGGCCCCGGUCCGCUGACUGGAAGGCUGAAGGGCCCUGCCAAGGACUGAGGUCAAGGAGACUUAAAAGAGGUUUGUAAGACGGCCGUGCCCACAGGGAGCACGUGAUCCUGAAAGCAGAAUGCACCGGAAGACUUGAGCCCUGGUCUGAACUGGGGUCCGGGAUGGGA